AUGGAUAAAUCACUCAUCAAGGCCAAGUUCGACAGCCUUGUCCAAGCAGGGCUGGUAUUUUACGACCAAGAACAAAGGCUCAUCGAAUAUUUGGAUGGAGGAUUGAAAUUUCAGUUCCUUCUCACUUCGGCUUUGGCAAGGAAACCGACCAUUCAAACAGCUGGAGCCCAGACGCAACAGGAUAUCGAACUAUCCCAGCAGAAGCGAGAGGGGAGUGACAUCAACACAGCGGGUUAUGAGAUAUGCGACGUUGGAAGAACGCAUGUCCUGGUGGCCAACAAAUUUUGCUUCGCCAACCCUCAUUUGAUGCUUCUGACUUCAGACGGCCACCAAAGGCAAUACGAACCUUUGAAUAGGGGCGAUCUAACAGCAGCAUGGAGUGUUUUGACUACAUUGGGCGACGAUUAUGUUACCUUUUUCAAUUGUGGACGAGAUGGAGGAUGUAGUCGAUUGCAUAAGCAUAUGCAGCUGAUCCCAAAGCCGAAAGAUAGCUUUGCAUCUUUUCUCGAUGCUGAUGGUACAAAAGAGCCUAAUGUUCCCUUUCAAUGGUUCUACCAACACUUCGGACACUCUAAACCCGACAUGGACGAUUUGGUCACUGUUUACAGCGACCUUCUGAAGCAAGCCACCAAAGUUGGCGAAGGGCGAUCUGAGCAUACUGAUAGCUCACCUCCUGGUGCUGCAGUUCCGCACAAUUUUUUGCUUACGCAGAGGUGGAUGGUUGUACUUCCAAGACGACGAGCGGCUGUUAAUAAGGAAGCUGGAGCGAAUGCUAUUGGAAUGAUGGGCGUUGUUGCUGUUGCAACACAAAGCGAGAUUGAUGGCUGGAUCAGACUUGGAUCAGCUGCCGCUCUUACAGAGCUUGGCGUGCCAAAAUAG